CCUCUGAACUCAUGUGGGGGGCUGGUGUCUUCCAAAAGCUCAAGGAAGGGAGAGCUGGAAGUAACCAUUUCUUGAAGGUGCUGGUUCAUUCAAAUGACAUACUUUAUGGUCAAGGGCUACCUAAAUUAUUGGAUUAUUUGUAUGUGUAGGGGGGUGUGGGGAAGGUUUGAAACUGCCAAUUCUACAGGAUCUCUUAAAAGAAUAUGAGGCAAGUACAGACUACCAAAUGGUCUCUGCUACCAUCUCCACAUCUUGUUUCUUUAUUAUUAAGGAGCUAGGCCUUUCUAUUUCCAUUCCAUUGAUGAUACAGGCAACUUGUCAAUUACUCUAACAUUCCUGGCUUCCUUAAUGAACUGACAGCUGUUUGCCAGGCAAUGUGAGACAGUCCUGCUUCAGUCUGAGUUCUUGAGGCAGUCUGCAAAAUGACAAAGAGAGAACCUCCUGCUGUUUUGAGCCUGUUGGGGAGCAGUGGGAUCUGACUGAGGAAGGUGUUCAGAUGGUGGUGACAUUGUCCUUAUACUUGCUGGUCUCCAAAAUCCUUAUGUCCUACCCCAGUGUUCUCUGUUUGAGAUUGUUGCUCCUCUGUCACAGCUUAUCAGAAAUCGUCACUCUUUUUUGCUGCAACCUGUCUUACCACCAGUGGUAUAGAAAGCAGUGGGCCCUGAUGAAAAUAAGUUGAUUGUAGAGAAGUGGAUGAAUCUGGGGCAUGUGUCCUGGAGUCAGAUUAAGCAGCAUGUGUGUGUGUGUGUUUGUGUAUGUGUGUGUGUAUUUCAACAUACAGAAACUGACUAAAUUUUUCUUUAAAAAAGUCCACUUAAAAAUCUGGCAAGCUGUUAGCUUUUCUUUUCUCUGACUUCAGUUCUUUGGCUCUCAUAUUUUUAUGUGACUUUACUUCACAAAUUUAAGCGGAUCAGCUUGUGCUCCCUGGAAGAAGGAAGCUGGCACUCUGCCGACUGGGCUGGGCCUUACUAAGUUUCAGUUUCCUUUUCUCUGAGUCACCGAAGCCUCCACAUUGCUGAAGAAUUUUUUGCUCCUAUCGUGUGUCUGCUUAGCUGUCCAGACAGAGCAGCUACGCUCCACUUCAGUCCUUGUACAGAUUCUACAAACAGAUCGAGAAGUAUGGCGGUGAGAACUCGUUUGACAUGGAUGCAAGAAAAGAAUCUGCAAACUUAUUUUGGAGGAAAACAGUUUACCCUUCUCUAUAAAGCUAGUGUUCAUGAAUUCUCUGCAUAUUAUUUGUUUAAGAGAUGCUGUGAUCAAGGGCCGAUUGUGGUGGUGAUUUAUAAGGAACACUAUGUUGUUGGCGCAUAUAUGAAAACAAGUUGCAAGAAAGAGGAGAAAAUUCCCAUCGUCCUUUUUGCUCUUGAAGAGAAUGCAAUUUCAGAAUGCAAAAUAAGCUCAUAUGUACCAACUGAAUUGUUUCAUGAUGGUAGUAGAGGAAGGAAUGACUUAGAAUUCCACAUAAAUAUGAGGAAACAAGUGAUGACUCUGAACUUAGAUACAAGUGAAAAACUUCGAUUACCUCAUAUGCAAGCUUCUCCCUUUCAGGAAUGUGAAGUUUUUCGAUGUGAAGAUUUGUUGGACAGAAGGACUCUGGAAGGAAUUAAUGAGCUCCACGAGAGCUUAUUGUCAGCCGUGAACACUUACAAACCACAUAAAAACCUCGUUCCCCAAGUGCGAAUUCUGCUGCUGGGUCCGACUAGAGCUGGGAAGUCUAGCUUUUUCAACUCAGUGAAGUCUGUUUUCCGAGGCCAUGUCACACACCAGGCUCUGGUGGGCUCUGAAGCGACUGGGGUAUCUGACACGUACAGGACAUAUUCCAUUAAGGAUACGGUGGAUGGCAACUUCCUGCCUUUUGUUCUGUGUGACACAAUGGGCCUGCAUGAGAGAGGAAAAGGGCUGUGUGUGGAUGACAUAGCCUACAUCUUGAAAGGCCACAUUUCUGACAGAUACCAGUUUAACUCCAUGAAACCAAUCACACCAAGUCAUUGUAACUAUAUUCACUACCCGUUGCUGAAGGACAGAAUUCAUUGUGCGGCAUUUGUGCUUGAUGUCAACUCUGUUAAAUACAUCUCUCAUGAGAUGAUAGCAAAGAUCAAAGCAAUUCGAAGGCAAUUGAUAAAGUGUGGUAUGCCACAUGUGGUUUUGCUCACUCAUGUGGAUAGCAUGCAGCUGAUUACAAAAGGUGACUUUACAGACAUAUACAGAUGUAUUCCUGUGAAGCACAAGUUAGAGGCAGUCCACAAAAAACUUGGAUUUGCUCUUUCUGAUAUCUUGGUGGUUAGUAAUUAUACCUCAGAGUGGGAGUUGGACCCUAUAAAAGAUGUUUUGAUCCUCUCUGCGCUGAGACAUAUGCUGUGGAUUUCAGAUGACUUCUUAGAAGAUUUGACUGCUCGAGGAAACAAGGAUUUAGUGGUGUAAAUACUUGAAGGUAGUGAAAAGACACAGCAAGGUGUGGAAGAACAUACAGCUAGCAAAGAACUAAUGAAAAGAUGUAUAAAGAAAUUCUACAGAUCUCGAAGAAAACUGAAAUAUAAAAGAAAAUGAACAAAAGACUUGAAAAGGAACUCUAAAGAAGAAGGAAAUUAUAAUAUCCAGUACAGAAGAUAAAUGUUCUAUAUCAUUAGUAAUAAAAAAUAUUGAAACUAAAGUAAUCUGAUUCUUUUUUACUUUUACUGAGAUUUAAUUGCCAUAUAAAAUGCAUAUAGUAAAGGUGUAAAAUUGGGUGAGUUUUGACAUAUGAAUACAUCUGUAAAAUAAUCUUGACAAUCAUGAUAAGAAAUCUUUCUAUCACUCCCUACCCCCCUAAACUACAAGUGCCCUUGUAAUCCAUUCCCUUUAUUCCACCUCUUGUUCUGGUCCUCAGACAACCACUGGUCUGCACUCUGUCACUGGAAGUUAGUUUUCAUUUUUUAGAAUUUAUGUAAAUGAAAUUUUAUAGAA